AUGCCAUGUCUUCAGAAGGAAAAGAAAAACGUGGAGGAAGAGCUAAAAAGACUUGUUGCGGAUGAAAUUCGAAGGGAGCCAUUGAUAUGCGAGAAAAGAGAGCAGUUACAGAAGUUGAGCCAUGAGUUUAUGGAUACGGGUAUUGAGUAUUUGUUCAAGGCCAGUACUGAAGCGGAUCAACAGCCAGAUGACCCAGCCGCCUCGUCCUCAGGUCUGUCCGACCCGCCUACUACGAGCGAGGGGGAGCCUUCUUCUCAUGCAGCGGCAAAGAGGACGAAGGGGAAAGAGGUUGAGAUCAAUGAUGCGGAGGAUGUACCGUCCGAGGCAACCAGGUCAUCUCCGCUCCCUGGAAAGGACCGAAUUACGAUUCAAGAUAGUAUUUCAGAUGUUGAAAUGGAGGACGGGGAUGGAAACGACGUGGAGGCCAUGGAAAUGGACGACCAGCCCCCUGAUGAAACGCCUUGGUUAUCCUUAGAUCAGAGUAGUCUCACAGUGGUGGACGGACGAGUGCUGGAUGGGAAUGGGGGUUGCGACAUGUAUUAUCAAAGCAAUAAGUAUGGGAAAUGA